ACGUGCUGACUGUUCUGAGUGAAUGUGGGUUCAUUUCCUCCGUGUGUUUCAGGGAAUGGCUUCACACGGAAGAGGCCGCUCCGCUGGUGGUUACGCCCCACAUGGAGAGGAGCGUCGAGCGACGACGUCGUCGCCGGCAAGGGAAACGAGUCGGGGAGUUGGAGGUGGGGAGGAAGAACGACGUGCUCAAAACUUGUGGUGCGACUACAACAAACGUGUCUGGUAUUUGGACUGGGCGAGCCAGGACGGCUCCAACCCUUUGCAACCACCGUGCGGGCUGCUCUUGUUCGUCGCCGUUCGCGCCGACAGAACGCGUCUCGCAGGCUCCAUCGUCCAGUGGGUCGACGAUGGCGAAUGCAAUUUCAAGUUUACCUUGAAGAAGCAUUACAGAAGUGAUGGUUUUGUCGAUGGCAUCGCAAAGGGAUGCAAGGUUGCCGGGAGGAUGUUCGGCGGGUAUGGCCAUCGUGCGAUGUCUUUGCCUCACUUUGUUUCGCUAGCGCCGGGGCACGACGAGGCCGUUCACGUCACAGACUUCCUCGAGGUCUGGGCGAAAUCUGGUACCUCUGUCAGUGCCGUGGACGUCGGACCUGGAACAUCGAUCAGUGGUCCUGUUGGGUUCGUGGCAGGAGAGUGCUCUGAAGGGGGGAUGGGAGGUCAGGGUGGCCUGCCAGCUACGCCUCCUAAUCAAGAGGUGGGCAUGUCAGACGACUCGGAGGACAACCAUCCGCGUGCUCCUUUGAAACCGGGCCUGCAUGUAUCUCGUCGCCACGGUUUGCUUGGGGAGUCGACGCCACAUGGAGGCGGCGAUGGCGAACGGUUGCGACAGGGCUCAGAAUCGACGACUCCUCGUGGUCUGGUCGAAAGGAUCAGUUCAUUCGUUUGUGGCAUGCAGGUGGCCGAGGUUUUGCCUGGAGAUCGAGCGGGUGGUCCGCAGGUUCAGGAGGUGCGUGGGUCGGAUGUGACGACUCCGCGGGCCCGACCAGCGCCGACGCCACUGCAAACGGAGUUGAGCCAGAAACGAGAAGCAAGUGGGAACGUCACCGGUGAGGAGGAGGUGUCCGAGCAGGGGCUGUUCCGUGAGAAAUCAGCUGAAAAGACUCAGUCGGGAGGCAAGCACAACUCGCCAGAUGAGAAAGAGCGAGAGGGAGUAGGUGCUCUGAAAAGGCAGAGAAAGGCAGGAGGGAGUGAUCGGACGCCAACAACACGAGAGGGCGGUUCCGUUAAGAAGAGGAAAAGGGUUGGAGGUGGGGAUGAAACGCCAAAAGACUCGUCGACACGGCGAAGAACCGGUGAGUCUUUCGGGAAACGGUCGAAAUCAUCGAGGGGGAAGAAAGCAGACGAGGGCGACAGUGGGGAGGGGGAUGACGGCGUGGAGAUUAACCUCAACGCCUUUAACCUCGACAAUGCGUUCUUCCUGGAGAUGCAGACAGGGGUGCAGAAGGACAUCGUGUUGCACAUCCAUCCCGAAAGAAUAUUAGCUAUUCCAGACUGGGAAGACACGUACAACCACAGAUCCUUGGACGAGUUCCUUGUUGAUACCAUCGCGUCGGCUAUGAUCGACUGCUACGAACGCAAAGACAUGAGAUACACAAAGCCCAUUUUCGUUCUCGCUCCGAUCGUCGCGCCUCCAGAGAACGGCGAGCCUGCUGUGUGCGUGCUGCCUGAUGGCUUCGACAUCUCACACCCGGAGAAAUACUGGUAUUAUCCUGUGUGUGGACAACAUAACGCGAGGGCGGCGAUGAUGGUGAAAGACCAUCCCGUGUUUGAUUACUACAACUUCUGUAAAUGGCUGUUCAGACCGAUCUACUUCCCUGACGACGAGUUCAACGGCUACGCCCAUGUGGACGACCCGUCGUUGAAAAAGGGCAGGGGGAAGCCAAAGAAAGACGCGGAGGAGAAAACUUUCUACGUCCAAGUUCCAGAGCCGGAUGUCCACUACUGGAAGGAAUUGGUGGACUUGACGGACCGCGAGAAGAAAAGGCUGUUGAAUGGCGUCUUGAACCUUAACGUCCUGUGGGUUCAAACGAGUAGCAAGAAGUUAGCCAAGCAGGGGAAGUUCAGUGUCAAGGAGAUGGUCGACAUAAUAAAAAUGGACCGGAUUAUGCUGAGGCUGUGGCACUACGUGGAGUUCGAUUACGAGGAAAUGAAUAAGCAGGAGUGGAAUGCCAACUCCACAUUCUUCAGGUCCAAGAAGCAACUGUUCGAAGAGUUCAAGGACAGAGGUCUCCACGACAAGCUUUGGAACGAGAGCAGGAAAUUUUUCACGGACACCACAUACGUCAACAAGUGCCCUCAGUUUCUCGGGUGUCAACACGACAACAACAUCAAGAGAACGGCGGCCCUCGUCAACGACCAGCAUUUCCCGGCGGAGUGGAAGCGUGUCGUCCUUUCRGUGAUCACURGAGAUYGCKCCAAAGRCAAAAAAAACCCUCGGGGCGUUGAUGAAUGCAUCAACAUUAUGUGGACAAGGACAAGCGCCUUGACGACGCUGGCCCAGUUUAACGUCGACCCAUUGAGUGCCAGAGAUCAUAAGGAGGCGCAGGGAAAACUAGGGCAUCAGCUACGCUCCCACACUUACGUGCUCGACUUAUGCGGUACUGUGGACCGUGCGCGAUGGGACUCUGGGGCAUUCGCGUCUCUGAGUGAGUUGCUGGGCUUCGUUUGUCAGGACUAUUGGACAUUGGUGGUAUUCGUCCCCUGCCUGUGGAACCUCUCCUUCAUGACAUGUUUGUCUGUGCUUGGGGCUACCCGAUGCUACACGGGGAAGUGGAUUCAAAAGACGGCAUCGAAGAAGACGCAUCAGUUCGAAAACAGCGUCUGGGAGGAGCCGGAUGUGAUGCACAUCCUUUUCAAAGGCGAGGAUCCUUGGCUACUGACUCACCCGGUGUACGAGGGAGUUGUUGCUGAAGACGACACCGCCGCUCUACGGAGGAAACAGAAAGUGACACCCACGGAUGUGGAGGAGAAGUCUUUCAAGUCCUUGACUUUCGCGGACAUCGGAAACCUGACCCAGAGGGGGGCUCUGUACAAGGACGGCGAGCGGAAUCCGAAUCAGCUGUGCAAUCAGCUUCUUUUCUUCUGUGGUGUAGCGGAUGCCGUGCUGUUCUUGGGCAAGCUGCACGCGCAGGUGGUGUGGAGUCUGCUUCAGCAGGGAAGGCACGUCUUGGCCGUGGAUGGGGAUACAACGCAGCUCGUAUACAUCGUGCAGUAUGUCACCCAUGAAGUGUCGUCCAAGGCUUACCCAUGCGAUUUCCACCAUGUCGAGGUCGAGCCCGUUUAUGACCCGAACAAGGACAUGUUCUUCAAGUUGACUCCGAAGAAAAGGCGCCACGUCUACUCCUUCCUUUACAGCGAACAACCAAGGUUGAGAUUUGACCCACAGUACGUGGUGCGGAAGGAAGUCGCCAUUGCGGUCCUCCAGGGCUACCACGGAGCGAGUCGGGCCGGCGCUGUGAGCUUCAUUAAGAGGCCGGAAUGUGUAUUUUUUAACGAGGAUGUUGUCAAUCCGGCCGACUUCACUUCGGACAAGUACAAGCUCGCAUUCGGUGAGGAGGACGACUUCAAUAUCGAGACUGAGCAGGAGGAGAGCGUUGAGGACGACCUCUUCGAUUUGGACGGGCAAUUGAUAAUCUUCAACGCCCAAGUUUAUGAGUCGCCAUCAGUACGCAAAUCGGGGACACCUCUUGCUACACCUACCUCGGGCGGUCCCACGCCCGUGUCCUCCUCAGCGCCUGUCAAGAGGGGUGGGUUGUCCCGUCUGAGGAGUUCGUCGGGGGAGCCUAUUCGUCUCACGCCGCAGCCCGAACGCCUUCGACCCGGCCAUCUAGUUCCUCCGGACCAUCCGCAUCUCAAGGCUCCUGCGACUCCCUUCCACAUGGAUGACAAACACACCUUCUCCACAGCCGAAGAUUGGGGCCAUGAUAUCGUGUGGCACCCAGGCCAUUUCCAGCCAGUCCUUCUCGACAGCGAAUGGGCAGUGGUUGUGAGGGACGCAAGUGGAGGGUGGAUAUAUGAUGAUCGUAUGGACCUCGAGACAUUCGAAUCUCGCACCUACGAUGCGGUAUUGGAGAGAUUGAGUGAGAUCAAUCGACGAAGUAAGGACGACCCUGCUCUUCGCGAAUAUGGGGACACGCUGUUCGAGUUAUUGCAAUCAAAUAAAUGGCUGGAAGUGUCCUUCGCGUUCUACGCCCUUCCGUCAAGCCCGUCAAUUAAGCAAGUGAGUUGGGAGUUGCCUGAGGUUACCCCGCCGGUAGGAGUUGUGAAGCGCAAGUCUCGCGGAAAGGACGGCGACUGGGAUGGUGAAGGCGGCGGGCAACGAGGUACCGGAGGUGGAAGUGAACCGCGUUCGACGAAACAGCGGUCUCCAGGGCACGCAGGCGACGGAGAGGGGAAGAAGGGCAGUCGGGAGAAGAAAAAGCCUCGCAUCGGAGAGAAGACGAAGCAUCACAGAGGAGACGGGCAGGGGUCCAAUGUCGACCGCGACGAGGACGGUGGGGUUCUGGCGGUAGCAGGCAGCACCUCAAUGGAGAAGGGGAACGACUUGAGGCCAGGGUGUAUUAUGCGCCCUGGCGAGCAGGACCCUGUGAUUAGCUCCACCAGCGAAACACAAUUUGUCGAUGCGGUUGGCGGGGCGGGUGUCGCAAAGCAUGGAACAUGCUUCGCUCAGCUCCAAAAACGGUUGGCGGAUUGUCUCGGAUCAAUCCGAACCUCGAAGACGACGUCGUUGUCCGGAACUCAGUGCCUUCGGGGAAGCGAGACGACAACAUACCACGGAUCCGGCAGCGACAAGCUGGAACCGUGUUCCGUUUCACCUCAAAAGGAAGUUCGGAUUAAUCCGAACCGCGAAGGUCGUGCCAUCGAGGGAGCACAACUGUCUACAGAACUCGAACGGGUGGUCCGUGUUUCUGAAAACCCUGGCGGCGAAAUUCGGAUUUAUCCGAACCAGGAAGCCGUGUCUGCCAUGGCAGACGAUCGGUGUCAGGAUGCAGUAAUGUUGUGCGUGGAAGCCCACAAGGAGCUGCAGGCGGACUGUCCGACUUAGGAUGAGUUGGCGACCAGUUCCAAUGUCGAGCCCAACACACUCGGAGCCGAGUUAGCAGUCGUAAGCGACUCCCCGAUGA